AUGCCAAAUAUGAAUGGUUAUGAGUUAUUAGACGCGAUAAGAUCUAAUGUAAAAACUCAAUUAAUUCCCGUAAUAUUAUUAUCAGCAAAAGCUGGUGAAGAUUCUAAAAUCCGAGGUCUGGAUAAAGGAGCAGAUGACUAUUUAACAAAACCAUUUUCUUCUCGAGAACUUAUUACUCGAAUUCGCAAUAAUAUUGAACUUUCAAUUACUCGACGUAAAAUAUUAUUUCAACAAUAUGAACAAGAAAAAACAAAUCAAUUACUUCUUUCAAUAUCGAACAAAAUUAUCUCCAAAUUAGACUUAAAUGAAACGUUACAAAAUAUUAUUAAAGAAAUUCAUCAUAUAUUACCAUGUGAAAGAAUAUUUAUCAUUUCAAAUGAACCAUCUGAAUCUAACGAUAAGAACAAUAAAAUAUUUGCAACUUUCGAAGACUCAGAAAGUAUAACACCGAUGAUUAAUCCAUUCAAGGAAAUUAGUGUUAAUAAUAACAACAAAUCUCAAACAUUCACUAUGUUACAAGAAAAUUCAAAUAAAAAUUUGGGAAUAGAUAUUUCUUUGGAUGUAUAUUGUGAUGAUAUUCGUAAAAAUGCAUCCGUAUUAGCCGUAGAAAUAAGGUUGGAUGACUUGUGUGGAUGGAUAAAGGCAUAUAGAUCACCAAAUUCUAUUUGGCUUGAUUCUGAAAUAGAGUUAUUACAACAAAUAUCGAAUCAAAUUAGUUUAGCUAUUUCUUACACAAAUUUGUUAGAAAAGAAUUCUGAAUAUGAAAUACAAAUAAAAGCUGUUGAAAUUGCAAAUUUUGCUAAAAGUCAAAUAUUAGCAAAUACUUCUCAUGAAUUACGAACUCCACUGGGAGUAAUAGUGGGUUUUCUUUCUUGCUUUGAAGAUACUACCUUAACAUCUGAUCAAAAGGACAUGAUUAAUAUCAUGGCACACUCUUCUGAUGUAGUGUUAUCCAUAGUAAAUGAUCUUCUAGAUGCUGCAAAAUUAGAAGCACAAAAAGUCACUCUAAUGAAUAGAACAUUUGAUUUAUCAGAAUUAUUAGAGAGUACAAUUGAGAAAUUUGAAAAAAAAGCCGGGGAGAAAAAUCUUGAAUUAAUUGUAAAUUGUGAUGUCGAUAUGCUACCAAGAUAUAUUAAGAGUGAUCCUAAAAGAGUUAAUUUUACCAAUAAAGGUAUAAUAGUACUUACAAUUUCAAUGCAAUCACAAGAUGUCAUGGAUAAAAACGAAAUGAAUUCAACUUACGGUCAAAUGUUUAAAAAAGAAAAUUUAUUGAUUGAAUUAUAUGAUACUGGUAUUGGCUUCUCACAAGGUGAUAUGUCAAUAACCAGGGAGCACACCGGUACAGGACUCGGUCUCUCGAUUUGUAAAAAUCUAGUAGAAAUUAAUGGAGGAGAAAUUAAAGUAGAAAGUCAAUUGGGAAAAGGAAGUAAAUUUUGGUUUAUAUGGAAUAUCGAGUCAUUAUCAAUAACUCGAUCGUUAUUAGAGACACAAUUUGAUGAUCAGAUAAGUUAUAAUAUAAGACAAAAACGAAUUUUAAUAAUUCACCCAAUUAAAGAAGUUAGAAAUGCAAUGCUGAAAUAUCUUAAAAGGAUCGAAAAGGUUGAUGCAUUUGAUACCUUUGAUAAAGGUAUUAAUGCAAUUAAAAUUUACAAACCAUUGAAUAAUCGAUUUGUCUACGAUAUUGUAUUUAUUAGACUUUAUGAAAAUAAUGAAGCCUUGAAUGCAGCAUUAGAGUUAAAGAGAUUAAAUAAUAAUAUAGUGAUAAUCUUUAUAGUAUUUCCUAAUAAUGAAGAAAAUGAGUUAGCAAAAAAAUUAAUUGAAAAAGUUGGUGGAACAACUUUAAUUCUUUAUACUCCAAUUACGUUGAAAAAAUUGGAACUACAAUGGAUGGAAAAAAAUGCAUUUGAGUGGUAUUUGAAAUCUGCUAAAGAAUCUAAUAAUAUGAAAUAUAUGGUUUAG